GAUGGCAGGCAAGCAGCCAUCGCGAGGGCAGGAAGCAGCGGAGGGAGAGCGGGCGUCUGCUGCGCUCGGCCGGGCGGACCCCGCGGCGUUUGGCUACAGUCUACUCUACAGAGACAUUAUGUACUCAGAGUGGAGGUCCCUACACCUUGUAAUUCAAAAUGAUAAGGGCCAUACCAGUGUACUUCACAGCUAUCCUGAGAACGUGGGGAGGGAGGUGGCAAACGCAGUGGUUCGCCCCCUUGGCCAAGUCUUGAAUGCUCCAUCAGCUGUUGGAAAUGAGAGUUCAUUGAAAACAGACAAAGAAGUAAAAUGGACCAUGGAAGUGGUUUGUUAUGGACUCACUCUUCCUAUAGACGGUGAGACUGUGAAGCACUGUGUUGAUGUAUAUACAGACUGGAUUAUGGCUCUCGUUUUACCCAAGGACACCAUUCCUCUACCUGUUAUUAAAGAACCAAAUCUUUAUGUUCAGAGCAUUCUCAAACAUCUACAAAAUCUUUUUGUACCAAGACAGGAUCAAUCUUCCAGUCAAAUUAAAUUGUGUUUGCAAGUUUUGAGAGCUGUCCAGAAAUUGGCUCGUGAGUCGACUACUAUGGCUAGAGAAACAUGGGAAGUAUUAUUAUUGUUUCUACUGCAAAUUAAUGAUUCCUUACUGGCAGCUCCAACAGUGCAAGGUGGUAUUGCUGAGAAUCUGGCUGAGAAGUUGAUUGGUGUGUUGUUUGAAGUUUGGCUACUAGCUUGUUCCCGGUGCUUCCCCACACCACCUUACUGGAAAACUGCCAAAGAGAUGGUUGCAAACUGGAGGCAUCAUUCUGCAGUAGUGGAGCAAUGGAGCAAAGUAAUCUGUGCCCUUACUGCUAGAUUGUUACGUUUUACAUAUGGACCGUCAUUUCCACCUUUUAAAAUUCCUGAUGAAGAUGGAAGUCUGAUACCUCCUGAAAUGGAUAAUGAGUGUGUUGCUCAAACCUGGUUUCGCUUUUUACAUAUGUUAAGUAAUCCUGUGGAUUUGAGUAAUCCAGCAAUUAUAAGCUCUACCCCCAAAUUUCAGGAACAGUUUCUAAAUGUGAGUGGAAUGUCUCAGGAAUUGAAUCAGUAUCCCUGCCUUAAACAUCUGCCUCAAAUAUUCUUUCGUGCUAUGCGUGGUAUCAGCUGCUUAGUGGACGCAUUUCUAGGUAUUUCAAGACCUCGAGCAGAUAGUGCUCCACCUACACCAGUAAACAGACUGAGCAUGCCACAGACUACUGCUGUCAACACAACACCUCCUCACAACCGAAGACAUCGUGCUGUAACUGUGAAUAAGGGAACAAUGAAAAACAGCACAGCUACCACUGCUCAUACUUCCAAAGUUCAACACCAGCCAUCCUCUACUUCUCCACUGUCUAGUCCAAACCAGACCAGUUCUGAGCCUAGACCUCUCCCAGCUCCCCACAGGCCAAAGGUUAACAGUAUCUUGAACCUUUUUGGAUCAUGGCUAUUUGAUGCAGCAUUUGUUCAUUGUAAGCUUCAUAAUGGACUAAACAGAGACAGCAGUAUGACUGCAUCUUUUAUCCAAAUUCUUCUUUCUUAUAAAUCUUCUAUAGCAACACAAGCUAGUGUGGAAUUUCGCCGGAAAGGAUCACAAAUGUCAGCAGACACUAUGGCUUCCAAUCCCAUGUUCGAUGCAGGCGAAUUUUCAGACAACUAUGAAUCAGGCAGAGCAGAGGCCUGUGGAACACUUUGUAGAAUAUUUUGUAGCAAGAAGACUGGGGAAGAUAUAUUGCCAGCCUACUUAUCCCGAUUUUACAUGCUUUUAAUUCAGGGUUUGCAGAUAGCAGAUUCCAUUUGCCACCCGGUUCUGGCUAGUAUUAUUCUGAACUCUCCUGCAUUGUUCUGCUGUGACCUGAAAGGGAUUGAUGUCUUAGUUCCUUAUUUCAUUUCAGCACUCGAAACUAUUUUGCCUGACAGGGAACUCUCGAAGUUUAAAACAUAUGUAAAUCCCACAGAACUAAGAAGGGCCUCUAUCAAUAUUUUACUUUCCCUGUUGCCACUUCCCCAUCAUUUUGGAACAAUAAAAUCAGAGGUUGUUCUGGAAGGAAAAUUCAGCAAUGACGACAGUUCAUCAUAUGAUAAACCAGUAACUUUCCUUUCUUUGAAGCUGAGGCUUGUGAAUAUACUAAUAGGAGCACUGCAGACAGAAACAGAUCCCAACAACACUCAGAUGAUACUAGGUGCAAUGUUGAACAUUGUGCAAGACUCAGCACUUCUAGAAGCCACUGGUUGCCAGAUGGAGACAAAUGGAGGUGAGAAUACUGUUUCAAAAAGCCACAGCCGCACAAACAGUGGCAUUAGUACGGCAAGUGGAGGAAGCACAGAGCCAACUACUCCUGACAGUGAAAGACCAGCACAAGCUCUCCUAAGGGAUUAUGCUCUUCAUACAGAUACAGCAGCUGGACUCCUGAUUCGCAGCAUUCAUUUGGUAACACAAAGGCUCAACGCACAAUGGAGACAGGAAAUGAGCAUCUCACUGGCUGCAUUAGAACUUCUUUCUGGUUUGGCAAAGGUGAAGGUUGGUGUUGAUUCUUCAGACAGAAAGAGAGCAAUUAGUUCUGUCUGCUCUUACAUCGUGUACCAGUGUAGCCGUCCAGCCCCUCUCCAUUCCAGAGAUCUUCACUCCAUGAUAGUGGCAGCAUUUCAAUGUCUCUGUGUCUGGCUUACUGAACAUCCAGACAUGCUUGAUGAAAAGGACUGUUUAAAAGAAGUGUUGGAGAUUGUGGAACUGGGCAUCUCAGGAAGUAAAUCCAGAAGUAGUGAACAAGAGAUCAAGUACAAAGGUGACAAGGAGCCAAAUCCUGCUUCUAUGAGGGUGAAGGAUGCAGCUGAAGCUACCCUCACAUGCAUCAUGCAAAUACUUGGAGCUUUUCCUUCACCCAGUGGUCCUGCCUCCCCUUGCAGCUUAGUGAAUGAGAUCACUUUAAUUAAAUAUUCCCGUCUGCCUUCUAUAAACAAAUACAGUUUCCGCUACUUUGUCCUGGACAACAGUGUCAUCCUUGCAAUGUUGGAGCAGCCUCUUGGGAAUGAGCAAAAUGAUUUUUUCCCUUCAGUCACAAUUCUGAUUCGUGGGAUGUCUGGAAGGCAUGCAUGGGCCCAGCAACUUUGCCUUUUGCCAAGAGGAGCCAAAGCAAAUCAAAAGAUGUUUGUUCCAGAGCCUCGCCCUGCACCUAAAAAUGAUGUUGGUCUCAAAUAUAGUGUGAAGCACCGUCCAUUUCCAGAGGAAGUAGACAAGAUUCCUUUCGUGAAAGCAGACCUAAGCAUCCCAGACUUGCAUGAAAUAGUUACUGAGGAACUGGAGGAGCGGCAUGAGAAACUGAGAAAUGGUAUGGAUCAGCAAGUUCUUUAUGAGAAGUCUAUAGAUCAGCAGAUGGAAGAAGACUGGAGAAAGAAGAAUUUUCCUGAUCCAGUCACGGACUGUAAGCCACCAUCUCCUGCACAGGAGUUUCAGACAGCCCGCCUCUUCCUCUCUCACUUUGGAUUUCUGUCACUAGAAGCACUGAAGGAACCUGCUAACAGCAGACUACCUCCUCACCUGAUUGCACUUGAUUCUUCUCUGCCUGGGUUUUUUGAUGAUAUUGGUUACUUGGAUUUGUUACCAUGUCGUCCUUUUGAUACUGUUUUCAUAUUCUACAUGAAGGCAGGCCAAAAAACAAGCCAAGAAAUUUUGAAGAAUGUAGAGUCUUCCAGAAAUGUUCAGCCACACUUCCUAGAGUUCUUGCUCUCUCUUGGCUGGUCAGUUGAUGUGGGAAAACAUCCUGGUUGGACAGGGCAUGUUUCAACUAGCUGGUCCAUUAACAGCUUCUGUGAUGAUGAGGGAUCAGAGCAAGAUGAAAUAAUCUCUUCAGAAGACAUUGGAGCAAGUAUUUUCAAUGGGCAGAAGAAAGCACUAUAUUAUGCAGAUGCUCUUACAGAAAUAGCUUUUGUUGUUCCCUCACCUGUAGAGUCCUUAACAGACUCACUGGAAAGCAAUGUCUCAGACCAGGAAAGUGACACCAGUAUGGAUCUCCUACCUGGAAUACUAAAACAGCCGGCACUGACACUUGAGCUCUUCCCCAAUCAUACAGACAAUCUCAGCUCUUCUCAGAGGCUCAGUCCAACUUCCAAAUCAAAGAAGUUGCCACAGGGUCGUGCUGUUCCCCCACUGGGACCUGAAACCAAGGUGUAUGUGGUUUGGGUUGAGCGUUAUGAUGAUAUAGAGAACUUCCCGCUGUCUGACUUGGUUUCAGAGACAAGUACUGGAGUAGAAACUACAACAAAUAGCAGCACUUCAUUAAGGUCCACUACUCCUGAAAAAGAAGUUCCAGUGGUUUUCAUCCAUCCUCUAAACACUGGAUUAUUCAGGGUAAAAGUGCAAGGAGCUACUGGAAAAUUCAGCAUGGUCAUCCCACUGGUGGAUGGGAUGAUAGUUAGUAGGAGAGCUUUAGGCUUCUUAGUGAGACAAACAGUAAUAAAUAUUUGUCGAAGAAAAAGGCUGGAAAGUGAUUCAUACAAUCCCCCUCAUGUCCGUCGAAAACAGAAAAUAGCUGACAUUGUCAAUAAAUACAGGAACAAACAGCUGGAGCCAGAGUUUUAUACUUCUCUUUUCCAGGAGGUUGGACUCAACAAUUGCAAUCCUUAAACAACAUGUACCCUAAACAAUUAGAUCAGAACUUGGUUUCUACAGUAAUGAAAAAAAUACCUUCCUUAUCUUGGAACUCCUGUAUAAAGUUACCACAACCUGAGCAUGACUUCUGCUUCUGUUGCAAGGGAGCAAUGAGGACACACUCUAGCCUCCUGCCCAGCAACCUUUUUGAGUACACCUUCAUGCCAUCACUGCUGCAGAUACAAGCUUUUGGCACCAUUUUUUAUUUAGUAAGAAAUGAUCAAGGGAAUAUGCGGUGGAGAGAGGGAAUGAACUACACAUCUCAGUGUUUCCCCCCAAAAUACCUGAUUCUGACCAGAGAAUUAACACCUGAAGUUCUGUACCUGGUGUCUAGAAAACUCAGAAGCAAAUUAUUCAAAUCUCAUGAAACAAAUAUAUUGUGUGAAUGUCUGUCUAGCUUUCUUUCCCAUUUGUAAACAAGUCUGAUACCAUUUUGUUUAGUCUUAAGCCAGUGGCUUCCAUUUGGCUCUUGUUUCUCUUUGUCUCCAGGCCCAAGAUGUGUGUCCAAUGAGACUUCAGCUCAAAGUUGGUUUACCUUUGUAGGAUUCUGCCACGCUCUAUCUGCUGCUGCUGGUCUGCCAAGAGUAAAUACCCCGAGCUGUUGGUAGAGGAGGCAGGAGAGCAGAGGUUUAUCUUGCAUUACUUGCCAUGUAGUGAUGUCCCAUCUAUCCACUCAUUUUAGAGAAAGGAGCAGAACAUUUAUAAAUUGGGUGUGGUGGAAUAUGUCCCAUCUUUUCAUGUAAUGAUGACAGUCCAGUUGCAGAAAGAACCACUAUGAAAACUGAAUAAAAGGUAUUUAAGAUGCAAAAUUCUUUAAACUCCCUUACUGGUCCCACAUUUCAUCCAUUUAUUCUAAAGAGGUAAAAAUCUAAUUUGAAUACAAGACUUGGCAGACCAUGGUUUAGCUAAGAUCAGUGGAUGGGAAGAACUGUGCAAGCAGAUGGCAGGACAUGAAGUUUGUACUUGAAAUUAUCUGCUAAGUUUAUGCCCUGUCAAUGAAAUAGUUUUAUUCUU